CCGGCCUCCGCGUCCCAGAAUCCAAGAUGGCGGGAUCCAGGCGAAGGGGUCCCACGGCCAGACCUCGGCCGCUUUUCUGCGCCCUGCUGCUGUCGCUUAGUAGCCUUAGCUGGGGCGACGGCGUGGGAGGAGACCCUGCGGUCGCCGGCGCCCCGGGUACCCCGGUUGCGCUGCCACAUCGCCGUUUCGAGUACAAAUACAGCUUCAAGGGGCCGCACUUGGUGCAGAGCGACGGGACGGUGCCCUUCUGGGCCCACGCGGGGAAUGCUAUUCCAAGUUCAGAUCAAAUUAGAGUGGCACCAUCUUUAAAAAGCCAAAGAGGAUCAGUAUGGACGAAGGCCAAAGCAGCCUUUGAGAACUGGGAAGUGGAGGUGACAUUUCGAGUGACUGGAAGAGGUCGAAUUGGAGCUGAUGGCCUGGCAAUUUGGUAUACAGAAAAUCAAGGCUUGGAGGGCCCUGUGUUUGGAUCAACUGAUAUGUGGAAUGGUGUUGGAAUAUUUUUUGAUUCUUUUGACAAUGAUGGAAAGAAAAAUAAUCCUGCUAUAGUAAUUAUAGGCAACAAUGGACAAAUCCAUUAUGACCAUCAAAAUGAUGGCGCUAAUCAGGCUUUAGCAAGUUGCCAGAGGGACUUUCGUAAUAAACCCUAUCCUGUCCGGGCAAAGAUUAUCUAUUACCAGAAAACAUUGACAGUAAUGAUCAAUAAUGGCUUUACACCUGACAAAAAUGAUUAUGAAUUUUGCACCAAAGUGGAAAAUAUGAUUAUCCCUGCUCAAGGGCAUUUUGGGAUAUCUGCUGCCACUGGAGGUCUUGCAGAUGACCAUGAUGUCCUUUCUUUUCUAACUUUCCAGUUGACUGAACCUGGGAAAGAGCCACCUACACCAGAUAAAGAAAUUACGGAAAAAGAAAAAGAAAAAUAUCAGGAGGAAUUUGAGCACUUCCAACAAGAAUUGGAUAAAAAAAAAGAGGAAUUCCAGAAGGGCCACCCCGACCUCCAAGGGCAACCUGCGGAUGAAAUAUUUGAGAGUGUAGGAGAUCGUGAGCUAAGACAAGUCUUUGAAGGACAGAAUCGUAUUCAUCUUGAAAUCAAGCAACUGAACCGGCAGUUAGAUAUGAUUCUUGAUGAACAGAGAAGAUAUGUCUCUUCCUUGACAGAGGAGAUCUCUAAGAGAGGAACAGGAACCCCAGGGCAGCCCGGGCAGAUCACUCAGCAAGAACUGGACACUGUUGUGAAAACUCAGCAUGAGAUUCUGAGACAAGUAAACGAAAUGAAGAAUUCCAUGAGUGAAACUGUCAGACUGGUCAGCGGGAUACAGCAUCCUGGCCCUGCCGGGGUCUAUGAGACAACACAGCACUUCAUGGACAUCAAAGAGCACCUGCAUGUAGUAAAGAGGGACAUCGAUAACUUCAUGCAGCGAAAUAUGCCAUCAAAUGAAAAACCAAAGUGCCCAGAACUACCGCCAUUCCCAUCAUGUUUAUCUACAAUCCACUUCGUUAUGUUUGUGGUGGUGCAAACGGUGUUAUUCAUUGGCUACAUCAUGUACAGGACUCAGCAAGAAGCAGCGGCCAAAAAAUUCUUUUGACCACCAUGUUCACAUGUGUGCAUCAUGUAUGUAUGUACAACAUGUCUUUUUGAGGGGAUUUAAGUAUUUAAAUGCUUCAAAGUUUAAAUUAUUAAAUUUUGUAUAAAGUAACUGUUGAAACCUUUGAUUUGCAGUAAGAAUAAACCUUAAAGCAAAACAACUACAUUUAAAUUUGUUCCUGCUACAUAAAUCUGUUUAAAUUUCUGUGACUUUCUGGUCAGUAGAAUGCAGCCACUGAACAGAAUACUGACCAGGGAGAGGAUAGAUUACAGAAAGGGGGGAAACUCUGGAUUUGAGUGUUAACCCCUAAGCCUCCAGUAUUGGGGUUUCUCUAGCAGGAACACACUCGCCCUCCUGCCUCUCAAAACAGGAGGUCUGAUUAAGAGCCCCCAUCAUGGUAAUUUUGUAACCCAAAUCUUUUUUAGAGGUCAGAAUUUCCUAAUCUAAGGCCCAGGUUUGCCGUCCUUUAUCUUAAUAUAGUUUUCUUUGAACUCAAAGGAUAUUUUGUCUGAGAGCUUUAGACUAAGUAAUAGGCUUCAAAAAUGGUAAUUGAAAAGGUUUUUCUUCUCUGAUUAUCAAUGGUAUAUUUUCCUUUUAAAGGAAAUUUUGGGAGAAAAUUAAGGACUACUUUUUGGCUAAAAAAACCACUUGGGUGAAAAACAUUCCUGCGAUAAUGGUGUUUCUGGGUAUUUUGCCCAGUUACGUAUUCUUUUUCAUGAUUGCCUGUAUUCUUGAAUGUCUUCAUUCCGAUGGUGUCAGGUCAAUAUUAUGAAAAUAAUUUUUGUAUUUACAUUUAUAGCUUAAGGAAUUUAUUUGGCCCAUUUCGUACAGCAUGUAACUUCAGCUCAGAUUGCAUGAUCUGAGGGUAUUUUAAAUUGACAAAACUUACCGCUCACUGCAUUCUGGUUUACAUUACUCCAUGCAACAUGGGUUUGUGACUAUUUACGGACUCUUUUAACUCAAGGUGGCUGCAAUACAAGUGAUUUUAAGGUUUUAGAAACCAAAAUAUGUGAUUUCUUCCGUUUAAUGCCAGAACUGAGAAUAUUGCAGAGAACUUGUUAGUAAGCUUAACUUUGAAAUGUCAGACUAGAAGGGAUUUUUAUAUAUAGUCUUUGUGCAUAGUUCUAGGUAUUAUACAGAUGGCCUAUAAAUGACAUUUUAAAAUACAGAUUUAAUUUUGUUUUUACAGCUUAUGUAGAUUGACUUUUGCUGGCUUCAAAAUACUCCUUUACCUCUUUUACUUGAAGUGGGUGUCUUUCAUUUGCCAUAGAAUCUAAAACAAUACUGUUUUAUAAAAUAGUACUAUUAAAUCCUUCCAGACCUCCCUGAGUUUCCUCUCAAAUGUCAUUUACAGAUUGGCCUAAUGACCUAAAACCUGCACAAAGACUUUGUGAAGAACUCUGCUUUAUACCAAGCUAGUACUGUGUGUGCAAUCUUCCAUCACUUUCUAUGUUGGCAUUUAUCCUAGACUGCUGAAAGAGAAUAUGGUCAUUUGACUUACUCUGUCUACUUCAGUCACUUCAACAUGGAACAUGCGUCUAUCCUGUUUUUACUUUAGAGUAUUAAUACUUUGAAAUUCAUGUUUCAGAGUCAUCAUCAUCACAGACUUUACUACUAUUCCAUGAAAAAAAAUUAAUACCUUCAGAAGAAUGUUUAAGUUGUAGACUAUGAAACUUGGGAAAUCCUCUUGAGAUAAAAGGCUGCCAAGUCCAGUGUUACAAAGUCCAUGGUCUUAUGUGCCUGAACAUUAAAGGAACACCAGAUCUAUGCAGUGUACAUUUUUCAGGCUAAGAUUCAAGGGGAAUCAUUUUCCCCAUUCCUAACACGAGUGGAGAUGGCUAUUGUGAAAGAGCAUGAGCAUGAGUCUUUGUUAUUUUAGUAAUUUAAUUUGCUUGAAAAUCACUCUGUAAGACAGUUCAUGUAGAAUGUUUGUCAUAUUAUUUGAAGUUUGGUUUGUUUUCCUCAAAAUCAGUAGCUCAUUUCUAAACAAAAAUGUUGCUCUGUGGAAAAAUCAGUCACUGCCAGGAUUCCUUCAUUUCUGUACUAUUUUGUAUAAUUGGAUCUGUUCACUUCUUUCACACCAGCAAGUAUUUUACAGGUGCCUUGGAUUCAAAGAAAAUUGAUUUUAAAAUUUUGAUGCAAGUCAUUGUGUUUAUGAUGUCACUUUUAGAAAGAAAAUGCAGUUACCCUUAUUUAAUGUAUCUAUUUGUGUUCUAAUUGUUUGUAUGUUUUAUUCAGCUUGAAACUCUACCAUCAAGUCACAAACAAUAAACAAUGUUUUGUUGUACAUUGGAGGGAUAUCAGUGUUUCUCAAAGAAUGGUCCAUCGCCCAUCUGGAUCAUGGAAGGCUUGUUAAGAAUACAGAUUCUGAGGCCUCGUUUCAGACCACCCAAGUCAAAACUUAGGGUGAGGCUUUGGAAUAUCAUUGUUCAGUAGGCACCUUAGAUGAUUCUGAGCACACUAAUGUUUGAGAACCACUAAGAUGAGGAGUGGGUAAAAAAAAAAAAAAAAAAAUAGAUGUUUUGUUGGUUUAAAGCUGAGCCAAGAGCACAAUCUUUUUAUUGUCAAUGUCAUUAGCAAAUGCGCACUGAUUCUUUUAUACUUAAAAUUUACUUUAUGUUCCUUUUACUAAAAAUCUCUUGGUUCAUGAGCAACUAUAAACUAAAUUCAGAUUUCUGCCUAUAGCUCUUGGUACUUUGGUGAUGGCAUUUAAACUUACAAAAUCAUCUUCAGUUCAUGGUCAAGCCAUGAAAACUCUCAUCUUGAAGCCUGCUGUCUUCUUGCUUUCCUGAUUGUGAUUAUUGUGACAUUUUAUCUCAGACAAUUGUACUUUUUGACAGUUGUACUUGGGGAAAACAAGUGACUUGAACAAGGAAUUGCCUGUGCUGCUGCAUUGCAGAGAUAGAAUUUUUGUACAGAACAUAAAACAGUUCUGAAUAUUAAGAUAUGGGCUGGGCAAAGUGGCUUAUGCCUGUAAUCCCGGCACUUUGGGAGGUCAAGAAGGGAGGACUGACUGGGGCCAAGAGUUUGACACCAGCCUAGGCAAGUCCCCAUCUCUACAAAAAAUGAGAAAAAUUAUCCAGGUCUUGUGGCACACAUCUGUCGUCCCAGCUUCUCAGGAGGUUGAGGCAAGAGGAUGACUUGAGCCCAGGACUUUGAGGUUACAAUGAGUUAUGAUGGUGCCACUAUAUUCCAGCCUGGGUGACAGAGCAAGACCCUGUCUCAAAAAAAUAAGAUGUGACUAUCUUUCCCUGUCCAUGUGGUUAUUGAAAAGCUAUAGUAAAGAAAUGGUUAUAUUGAAAAUUUUUUAAUUUAUGAGAUCUAGUGUAAAUCCACACUUGAACUUUUUAAAUCUAUACAUUGCCUGUAUAAUAUAUUUCUUUUAUGAUAUUAAAGUUUAAGAGGGUUUUCUAUCCACUGUCAAUUUCAAUUGGAUAACAUUCUGUCAAGUUUCUUUUCUGAUUGUUUUUUGAUGCUAGCUGGAAUUCAAGAAAUGACAUUGACCUUCUUCAAAUAAAGAAAUAUUUUAGUAAA